ACAAUGAACUUCAACCUCCCAUAAUCCUCCUGGUUUAAACACUUCAUUGGGUUCAGAGACAGAAAGAGCCUGCAAGGAGAACGGAUAACGCGAGACAAGUAGAGAAAAGACAUGACGGACAGACCAUCACCAGUAACAGUCGGAAUCGUGGGAUAUGGACAUUUAGGUCAGUUCCUGGUGGAUCGUCUACAGAAGGAAGGUCCUGAGGUUGGACUCAGUUUGGCUUUUGUAUGGAACAGAAAUGCAGAUAAACUCAGUGGCUCGGUUCCUGACCAUCUCAUACUGACCGAGCUCUCAGAAUUUACUCACAAAAAUGCUGACGUGAUAGUAGAAGUCUGUCAUCCACAGAUAGUGAAAGAUUUCGGAGCAAGAUUCUUAUCACAUGCACACUUCCUGGUGGGCAGUCCCUCAGCUCUGUCAGAUUCCCGGCUAAAUAAGGAGCUCAGACUGGCAGCAAAGCAGAAUGGACACACGCUCUACGUGCCCAGUGGUGCACUAUGGGGCGGGCAGGACAUCCAGAGACUGAACGACAGUGGGUUGUUAAAAGCCCUGUCCAUCCGCAUGUCCAAACAUCCCUCCUGUUUCCGGCUGGCUGGAAACCUGCUCUCUGAUUGGUCGGAAGGAGAAGGGAGGCGUGUGAUUUUUCACGGAUCGGUAGCUGAACUCUGCCCCGUCGCCCCCAAUAACGUGAACACCAUGGCGGCCGCAGCCGUCGCCGCAUCCACACUGGGCUUCAGUGGGGUCACUGGAGAGAUCGUGUCAGAUACAGAUCUGGCUGAUUAUCACCUUGUGGAGGUGGAAGUGACCGGGUCAGACGGUUUCUCUGUGAAAACGGUGAGGUGUAACCCGGCCAAGCUGGGAGCAGUUACAGGCAGCGCCACCUACAGUUCAUUCUGGAGCAGUUUACUGAUUUGCAGAGGGCAUGGAGGAAGAGUCUAUCUGUGCUGAAGAGGAAGAGGACUGCUGCAGGAUAACACAUGUGCACACACACACACACACACACACACACAGACAGACACACAAAUGCAUACACACACACACACACACACACACACAAAACACAGACAAACACACACAAACACACAGAUAGAAAUACUGCCAGAAACACACACACACAAAACACACAGACAGAAACACACACAAACACACAGAUAGAAAUACUGCCAGAAACACACACACACAAAACACACAAAACACACAGACAGAAACACACACAAACACACAGAUAGAAAUACUGCCAGAAACACACACACACACAAAACACACAGACAGAAACACACACACACACAGCCAGAAACACACACACACAAAACACACAGCCAGA